AUGUCACUGGAAAAGGGUCACUGUCUACUGAACGUCAAGCCACUUUUAAUUCCAAGCUCAACUGUGUACUUUCUCGCCUCAAUAGGUAUUAUCAUCGUUACCGAUUUUAAAUACAUGACAACCCUCUCUGGUUCUUUGGUAGUUUGUAAGUUUUACAAAUCCCAUGGUGCACAAAAUAUUGAUACAUAUUUUCGCCAUGAUCUACCAAUUCACAACCCAUGCGCAGGGGUAGCUGGAAAACACACUAUGGAUUGCGGAGUGACGAACUUGCCUUCAUCUCAACAAAUUAAUAAUGGUCAACACAGGAGCAGAGAAAGGUCUGGAAAUAGGAGUAGAGACCUGAUGGUGGUAGUUUGUGAUCCAAUGCAGGGAGAUCAAAUGUAA